AUGGGACUCCCCCCGCCCGUCUGGACGCGUGAGCAGGUCGCAGCACGCAUUCUCGCUGGCGAAACGCUUGUUAUCGUCGAUAACCAGGUCGUCCGUGUUCCCCAGUCAUGGCUCACCGCGCAUCCCGGUGGCGUGCUCGCCGUUCUCCACUUCGUAGGACGCGAUGCCUCUGACGAGGUGCACGCAUUCCACUCGGUCGAAACGCUGAAGAGAAUGCAAGGGUAUGUGAUCGGGCGCAUACAAACGGACGGCGACGGCUGGGACCCGUUGCUACCGCCCAUCAUGAGCGGAUGGGUCAGAAAACCUGGGAAGGACGACAAAAUGGAAUGGUACAACGAGGCUAAACCUCUUCAUCCUUCAAAAAACUUUCCUUCCGUAUCGGCAUCCGAAAUGCUACUUGUUGAAAGAGAUGAAUGCUCGUCUCAUGGACCGUCCCUUGCGGAUUUGCAGCAUCCCGAGACACCCUUGUCCAUUGAGCUGCAGAUGCGGCACUCAAGGGCAUAUACAGAUCUCCACCAACGUGUCAAAGAUGCCGGUCUCUAUAACACGCCUUACAUCAAAGGCUAUGGACCUGAAUUCAUACGAUAUACUCUACUUGGCACCCUGUCUGCUAUCCUCUACAUGAAAGGAUGGCUCAUUCCGAGCGCGUUCUUCCUCGGGUUAAUGUGGCAGCAACUCACCUUCUUCGUACAUGAUCUUGGUCAUCUCGGUGUCACGCACAACUGGGUUGUCGAUCGUCUGACUGCCAUAUUCUUUGCCGACUUCAUUGGCGGUCUGAGCGUUGGAUGGUGGGUCAACAACCACAACAUACAUCAUCUCGUCACGAAUCACCCCACUCACGACCCGGACAUUCAACAUCUACCCUUCUUCGCCAUCACCCCUGUGUUCUUCCAAUCACUAUGGUCAACCUACUACAAACGGGUUUUAACCUUCGACAUCUUCGCCAAGAUCUUCAUACCUCUCCAGCAUAAACUGUUCUACGUCGUUUUGAGCCUUGCGCGCUUCAACCUAUAUGCCCUAUCAUACGGUUACUUGGCAAAGACGGCGUUUGAGCCAAGGCGCGCUAUUGGCGGCCGCUGGUGGUGGUGGACGGAAAUAUUCUGCCUUGGCCUGUACUACUGCUGGUACAUUGCGGUCCUCAGAGGCUGCGGUUCGUGGGGCAACAUUUUGACAUACCUGCUUGUCAGUCAUAUCGCUGCCUGUCCGGUUCACGUCCAGAUUGUACUCUCGCAUUUCUCGCGUUCGACGGAAGAUGUGGGUGUUACCGAGUCGUUUUUCGCACGGCAGCUCCGCACCACGGUCGAUGUGAUAUGCUCGCCUAGAAUCGAGUUCAUUCACGGAGGACUCCAUUUGCAAGUGACGCAUCAUCUGUUCCCUCGCUUGCCGCGACACAACUUGCGGAAGGCGAGCUUGAUCGUGAAAGAGCAUGCCAAAGAGCUGGGACUUGAAUAUGCCGAGUUCGGUUUCGUGGAAGGCAACGCCGAUGUGAGAGGAGUUCUGAAGUCGGUCGGGGACCAGUUGAAGAUUGUAGGGAUGGUAGCAGAUGCGAAUAUCCAGGACGCCAUCAAGGGCUCAUAG